AUGACGGUGCGGGGCACCUGGCCAGGAGCCCCAACGGUGCGCAUAGAAGCUUUGGAGGCAACCGACAAAGUAGGAAGCACCGGCCCGUACCAAACUACAGAAUUUGCAAGAAAGCUGUGGUUGGAAAAUGAAAAUUUGGCAGACGACCGCUUCGAACGUGAAGGAGGAGACGAGGACGUCGGAAUUCUUGUUGGAAUGGACGAAAUGUUCAACAUCAUGUUCAACGAGCCAGCAAUUACAAGCCCGUGCGGACUCAGAGCCUACAGUUCGAAACUUGGAAAGGUCAUCGGCGGUCCAUCCCAAGAAACAACAUCGAAGCAAAGUCAAUCAAUUGUCAGUCAACUACUAAUCAAUUCAUAUUGCUCUCUACCACAGAUCACCUCACAGCCAUCAGAAAUUUUUAACAGCAUCCAAUCCAACAAGUCGGAAAGCAGGGAGACAGGAAAUUCCAGUCUCCUUCCACUACCAGAAAAUUCUGAACAAAUCUGCUUUUUCGACUCAACAAAAGAAAGUAAAAGGUUUGAAAUGGAGAAGUUAAAUUUUGAUAUGUCGUUAUUUUGGCGUCUAGAAAAUUUCGCGAACUUAAACGACUGCGUUGCUGUGGAGAAGGACGAUCCAUUCCGCUCCUUCUGCAAAGAAAUCACGCGAUUUGAAGACGGCAGAUAUUGCACGCCAAUACCAUGGACGACUGACAGAUGGAGACUGGAAAUCAACCACCAGAUGGCAGCAGUAAGACUGAGAAGCAUGCUGCACAAGUUCCGAAAAUCUCCAGUCGACUUGUCCAACUACACAAAAGAAAUCGAACAACUCAUAGCAAACGGAUUUGUAGAAGAGGCUGAUUUCAAUUACGAUGGCCUCCACACUUAUCUACCGCAUCAUCUAGUCUACCGAACAGACAAGGCCACCACAAAAAUCCGACCAGUUUUCGACGGCGCCGCAAGAUGCAAAUAUGGACCGAGCCUCAACGAUGUUCUGGAGACCGGACCAAAUCUUAAUCCUGAUCUCCUCUCGGUCUUAAUGCGCUUCCGGAUGAACCGGAUCGCCUGGAUUGCGGAUAUCGAAAAGGCCUUUCUCAACAUCGCGCUGCAGCCCGAAGACGCUGAAGCUGUCAGAUUUUUAUGGCCAAGAAAACCGGAAGAACCCAACUCCGAUUUCAUCGCGUACAAAUGGAAAAGAGUUCCAUUUGGGCUAAGCUCAAGUCCAUUCCUUUUAAGAGUCACUAUUAACAAACAUUUGCUCUCAGUCAAAUCUAGAUUUUCUACGACAGUCGAGCAGAUAGAAGAGCAGCUUUACGUAGACGACUACCUCGGAGGAGCAGACAACGUGCCAACAGCCAUAACUACGGUAGAAGAAACCGUCACGUUAUUCUCAGAGGCCCAACUCAACAUGAGGAGCUGGGCAACAAACAACAAGCAGCUCCGUGACUUUCUCACCGAAAAAGAAAUGUCGAACCAGAUUGUCGGAAUUCUUAUACCCACAAUAGACGGCCAGCAAAAGGCACUGGGUCUUAGAUGGGACACGAGCUCCGAUUCAUUUAAAUUUGACCCUACAUCUAUAAUGGAAGCAGCCGUGCAGAUAGGAGAAAAAAUCACCAAAAGAAAAAUUCUGAGCAUAUCAGCAAGGAUAUUCGACCCAAUUGGUUUCCUAGCUCCUACAGCCUUACUUUUAAAAAUAAUUUAUCAAAAACUUUGGGAAGGAGACAUAGGUUGGGACGAUGACGCCCCACCCGAAGUGAAGAACACCUGGAGCAGCAUCAUGAAAGGCCUGAAGGAUCUACAUCAUUUGGAGAUCCCACGAUGGAUUGGAUAUUCAAAAACUUCCAUCGUCUCCGCAGAAAUUCACGUGUUCGGCGAUGCAUCAGAAGCAGCCUAUGGAGCAGUAGCCUACGCACGGCUCCGACUGGAGAACGGAAUUCCUUACACCAUCCUCCUUGCAAGCAAAACCAGAGUGGCACCUAUCCCAAAAAAGAAAGUAACGUUACCCAGACUCGAACUACUAAGCUCUUUGUUAGCAAUUCGUUUAGGAGAUAAAAUCCGAACCUCCCUUCACACCGAGUCAUGGAAAACGACUUACUGGACAGACUCCCUCGUCACACUUGGAUGGAUACGAGGAGAUCCUUAUCGUUGGAGACCAUUCGUGCGAAACCAGGUGGAAACCAUCAGAAAAUUUUCCAACGCGGAUUGGUGGAGACAAUGCCCCGGAUUGGAGAAUCCAGCCGAUCUCGCUUCGCGGGGAGCGCCAGCGCAUGCGCUGGUGGAAUCGAAACUUUGGUGGCACGGACCAGCCUGGCUGACAGAAGGAGAAAGCGAAUGGCCGAAUUCUCCAGAAAACCACUCCACCGAAACUCAAGAGAAAAUCGAGGAAGAGGAGACAAAGAAAACGGCAACUGUCUCCUUUGUUGCAGUCGAAACAGCCCAGCCGAUUGAAUGGUACCUCGACAAAACCUCUACAUGGACAAAACUACUUUUCAGAACAGCCUGUGUCCUCAGAGCACUCAACCGUAUGAAGAAACGAACGCGCGACCCAGGACUUGAACUAAAAGAAGUCAUUACAGUCGCCGGAAAAGAAAUAACGAUCGACAAGAUAGUCACCGAAGAGCUGAAUGAAGCGGAGCUAGCCAUCUGCAUACAGCUCCAAAUAGAACGCUAUCCCAAAGCUUUUCGGACACUCCAGCUCGGACUGCAGAUUCACCCAAAGGAGAAAAUCGCAUCGCUCCGACCGGUCUGGGACAAUCGAGAUCGACUCAUCCGAGUCAUUGGAAGAGUGGCCCUCGCCCUCAGGGAUCGAGACAUUCAACCACCGAUCCUUCUCCCAGCAAACCAUCCUGUUGUAAAAAUGAGUAAAGACGACACUGUCAGAACUGAAAGAAAAAUAUUGGAUCGUGAAAGGACGCCAACAAGUGAGAAACGUUUGGUCGUGAAGUGCCAGAAGCUGACUUCACCUCCUUUCCGACAAAUAGCAGCGCCGCUACCAGCCAACCGACUCCGCGAUGCCAGGGCAUUCGAAAUAACCGGAACCGAUUUCGCUGGCCCGCUGUACUACAAAAACGCGACUCCGAAAAGGAAAUCCAAGUCGGCGCCAUCCGUCGAACAAGUCUUUCCAGAACCUCCACCAGAAGAAGAGAACCCGGAUGCAGCGGAGCUUCCCACCGAAGAAGCUCCCGAAGAAGAAGACGAUGGCGACCAACCGGAUCCGACACAACAAGUCAACAAAAAGCAACCCAAAAGUUACAUGUGCAUCUUUACUUGUGCCGUGACGAGAGCGAUUCAUCUGGAGUUAACCAAGGACAUGACGGCUCGCUCCUUUCUGUUAGCUUUCCGUCGAUUCUCCGCCAGAAGAGGCCCAGUGAGUGGACGAUCCGCUCCCGAUCACUCCGAAUCAGUUUCUCAACAAUCGUCGUUCAACUUGUGCUACGCCGGAGCCAGCAGUCAACCUAUUGGAUCCCGAUUCAACAAGUGA